AGCUGUGCACGAGGCCAGCGGCGGGGUCGGUGCCGUUGAGGGUUCCCGCCACUGCUGCUGGCGGAUUUGCGGGGCAAAAUUUCUCGCUGGCUAGCCUUCUUUUCCCUCCCGCACUUUGGUGGGGAGGGGGUGGAUCCUCGUUUUGGUGCCCAAGUUCACGAUGACCCGAGAGAACUCGAGGAAGUUGUCGCCGCGGCCAUUUCCCCCAGUGCCGCAACUUGCUGGCCUUGGAGGGGGAGGAGCGCCGAGGCAGGGACUGCGACGGUUAGCCCGCCCGUUCCUGCUGUCUUCCUUUGCAAAAUAGAUGCUAGAUCUCGAGGUUGACUUAAGGGGAGGAGCCAGUGAGGGCACAUUGCUUUGGAGGAGAAGUUUAAUAAACUCUCUAGUGCUGGAAGUUUUAGCAAGCGGAGGAGACUUCAGACCCAACAACAGUCCCCUUCUAGGUGCUUCCGUAACACGUGCGGAAUUUAUUGCUAGUUAGAAUUUGAGGCUUUCUUUGUUUUUUAACUCAAUGCAUCACUAAUUGUUAAUAAUGAACUUAGAUGUUGCCUCUACCUGAGCCUUGCUAUUGCUAACAUUAAAAUAUUUUGUAGGCCUGGUGCGGUGGCUCACGCCUGUAAUCCCAACACGUUGGGAGGCUGAGGUGAGCGGAUCACGAGGUCAGGAGAUCGAGACCAUCCUGUCCAACAUGCAAACGUCAAACCAGAUGCAAACAGAUUCAUUAUCUCCAUCCCCUAAUCCUGUGUCGCCUGUGCCUUUGAAUAACCCAACAAGUGCCCCAAGAUAUGGAACAGUGAUCCCUAAUCGCAUCUUUGUAGGAGGAAUCGACUUUAAGACAAAUGAAAGUGAUUUAAGAAAAUUUUUUUCCCAGUAUGGGUCUGUGAAAGAAGUGAAGAUUGUAAAUGACAGAGCUGGAGUAUCCAAAGGGUAUGGUUUCGUCACUUUUGAAACACAAGAAGAUGCACAAAAAAUUUUACAAGAGGCUGAAAAACUUAAUUACAAAGAUAAGAAGCUGAACAUUGGUCCAGCAAUAAGAAAACAACAAGUAGGGAUCCCUCGUUCUAGUAUAAUGCCAGCAGCUGGAACAAUGUAUCUAACAACUUCAACUGGAUAUCCUUAUACUUACCAUAAUGGUGUUGCUUAUUUUCAUACUCCAGAGGUAACUUCUGUCCCACCACCUUGGCCUUCACGUUCUGUAUGUAGCUCCCCUGUGAUGGUAGCUCAGCCCAUUUAUCAGCAACCUGCAUAUCACUACCAGGCCACCGCACAGUAUUUACCAGGACAGUGGCAGUGGAGUGUUCCUCAGCCUCCUGCCUCUUCUGCUCCCUUCUUAUACCUGCAACCUUCUGAGGUUAUUUAUCAACCAGUGGAAAUUGCACAAGAUGGUGGAUGUGUUCCUCCUCCACUGUCUCUGAUGGAAACUUCAGUUCCAGAGCCUUAUUCUGAUCAUGGAGUUCAAGCAACAUAUCACCAGGUUUAUGCUCCAAGUGCCAUCAGUAUGCCUGCACCUGUGAUGCAGCCUGAACCAAUUAAAACAGUGUGGAGCAUUCAUUAUUAAGACAAUUGGGCAGCUCUAGUCCAGCUCAACUGAUUUCUUGUCCAAUGAUCCUUGUGUGGCCGAGAUCCAGCUUCAACGAACCAGCUAGAAGCUGCGUGUUGUGAAACUUAGUGUUAGUUAAUACCUCACCAUACUCAGUUAUUCCACUAUAAGCUGUCUAAAUUUGAUGAAAUUUGCUUUUUCAGCUGUUCUACAAAAUUAUUUAGGUAGAUGUGGCAUGUUGGUUUUUUAUGUGCUAAUCUAACUGUAAUGACCUUUUCUACAACAUGUUUUAUCCAUUCCAUAAAUAAUAACCACAUUGGGAAUAGUGAGGUGUCUUUUAUUUUCUCUGCUUUGUGUUAUUUUUUCUUAACAAACUAUUAGAUGUUAUGUUUCAUAUUAUUUGAUAUUUAUUUUCAUAUUUAGGAUAAGAAUCAUUUUUAAUUAUAAUACUUUUAAUACUUUCAUAUAUUUUACAACAGUAUACUAUUUAAUCUUAAUGACUUAAUUCUAUUUUUGCUUUGCUGUUUUGUCAUUUAAUAUGCUUUUGUCUAAUUUUUCAUUCAUUUGUUACUGUUACUCCUUAUUUAAUUUUGCAUCUGCCAUGGUUUUCAGAAUCUGAAUAGUAUUUAUACUUCUUUUUUUUAUAACAUUUUCCAAAUAUUAGAAAUACCAUCAACAUGAUCAAUAUUCUUGCCUUUUCAUGUAAUUUGACCAUAUUAAAUUUUUUCUUCA